CAGCAGGAGAGCCUUCCGUCUCUCACUGAUUCUUCUCCUCUCACUUCCCAAGUGGAUCCCUUCCUUCCUUUUUUUUUUAAAGAUAGCAGCAGCAACAAAACACUUGUCGGGGAGUUUCUGGGUCAGGAGGAGGAUAUAUUCUGAAGGCUGGUCGGUGGGGGGGAUUUAAAGCAAAACACCAACACACAGCAGCAGCAGCCAAGCCCACAGCCCCAAACUGGAUUGCAUUGCAACUUUGCUCCAACUCCGCUCCUUCUGUUCCCUCCGCCCAGGAUGGCUUCCAAUUUUAACGACAUAGUGAAGCAAGGGUAUGUCAAGAUAAGGAGCAGACGUUUAGGAAUUUAUCAGAGAUGCUGGCUAGUCUUCAAGAAAGCAUCAAGCAAAGGGCCCAAAAGAAUAGAGAAAUUUUCAGAUGAGCGUGCUGCUUACUUCAGAUGCUAUCAUAAGGUUACGGAACUUAAUCAUGUGAAGAAUAUAUUGCGCUUGCCAAAGGGCACAAGGAAGCACGCUGUAGGGAUAUAUUUUAAUGAUGACACAUCCAGGACGUUUGCUUGUGAAUCAGAGCUCGAAGCGGAUGAAUGGUGUAAAGUCUUGCAGGUGGAGUGCCUGGGGACUCAGAUUAAUGAUAUUAGCCUUGGAGAACCUGACCUAUUGGCUUCCGGUGUAGAGAGGGAACAAAGUGAGAGAUUCAAUGUGUAUUUGAUGCCAUCCCCUAAUUUAGAUGUGCAUGGGGAAUGUACCUUGCAGAUAACGUUUGAAAAUAUCUGUCUUUGGGACAUCCAGAAUCCCAGAGUAAAGCUCGUCUCUUGGCCUUUAAGUGCCCUCCGACGAUACGGGCGGGACUCAACAUGGUUUACAUUCGAAGCUGGGAGGAUGUGUGACACAGGGGAAGGGCUAUUCAUCUUUCAGACGAGAGAUGGGGAGGCAAUCUAUCAGAAGGUUCACUCGGCAGCUCUGACCAUAGCAGAACAACACGACCACUUAUUACAGAGUGUGAAAAACUCAAUGCUACAGAUGAAAAUGAGUGACCGGGCUGUUUCCCUCAGCACCAUGGUCCCCUUGCCCCGCAGUGCCUAUUGGCAGCACAUCACACGGCAACACAGCACUGGGCAGCUCUUUGGCUUACAAGAUAGUCCACUGAAGAUCCAUCGGACAGAGACUUUCCCCACCUAUCGGUCAGAGCAUUGAUAAAAGAAAGCAGAGGACAUUUGAAAUAUGUGGUCCCUGAGAUAGACUAAGCUUUCAUUGACAAUUGGCCAACAAUAAUGAGGCUGACAGAAGAAAUGGAGACUGGAUUAAGACUGCGAUGUUAUUUUUUAAUCUAAAACCAAAAGAUAUACAUCUUAGAGAUAAUAUUGGAAAGUUGCUAUAUUUCAUAGUUACAUCCAGAAGAAAAGAAGCUCUCCUUUGGUGUGUGAUUAUCAUUAUUUUUGGAAUAUAAUUGAUAUCUGUUGAUGAUUUGUCCUAUGCUAUCAGUUGGUCAAGAUUCAUUUUGAUGGUAUAUUUGUAUAUUUUUCUUUAACUUCAGUGUCCUGAUUCAUCACUGAGCAUAGCAAUUUUCAGAAUGGUGACCAGUUUUUUGGAACUGGAAUCUGUUGUCCCUGUCUAUUAAAGUCUGAUUAAGACUAA